AUGGCUACAAAAUCGGCCACCGCGGCGCGACAGCCCCUCAAAAUCCUCAUGCUGCACGGCUACACGCAGUCCGGUAACCUUUUCCACGCAAAGAGCCGUGCCCUGAUCAAACAUAUCCAAAAGGCUUUCCCGUUACACGAUGUAUCAGCCAGCUACCCCACCGGCCCUAUUCACCUCAAACCCAGCGAUAUCCCAGGCUACGAGCCGUCCAACGCAUCCAGCGUCGAGCCGGAGGAAACAAUCGAAGCGUACGGCUGGUGGCGCCGCUCCAACUCCGCAAACCCACCCCUAUACUCCGGUAUCGAGGAUGGUCUAGCCACGGUAGCCAAGACCCUCACCGAAGAAGGACCUUUUGACGGCGUCAUCGGGUUCUCGCAGGGCGCUGCAUUGGCCGGCAUGGUGGCUGCGCUAUUGGAGCCAGGACGGAAAGAUGCAUUCGCGCAUUUCGAAAAGGGCGGAGAGGGGCUACCCUAUCCUGCGUCAUUUUCCGAUGCGGCCGGGUUCUCGCAUCCGCCUUUGAAGUUCGCGGUGUGUUAUAGUGGAUUCCGGGCGCCUGGAGCUCGGUAUCGAGGGUUCUAUGAGCAUCCGGCUAUUCAGACGCCUGUGUUGCAUGUUCUGGGGUCCCUGGACGCAGUUGUGGAUGAGACGAGGAGUCGCACUUUGAUUCAUGCUUGUGUUGGUAAUCCGGAGAAGGACGGCUCGGUCGUUUGGCACCCUGGUGGUCACUUCUUGCCGAGCCAGCGGCCUUAUCUGGAUGCUGCUGUGCAGUUUAUUCGCAAGCAGGAGGAGAAGAGCAAUGCGAAUGGUACUUCGCUUGAGGAAGAGGAUGUUAAUGAUAUGGUUGUGCCGUUUUAG